CGGAUAGUGAGGGGUCCCACACGACUGGAUCUGAGGGUCUUGUGUCAAGAGCCGCUGGGGCUGCAGGAGGCGAGAGAAACCGGGCAAGAGCGGCGCAGGAUGGAAGGAGAGCGCUCCUUCCUGUGUACCCCGCAGCGUUGGUUGAUCUGAAGUGUGGAAGACCCUACUCUUGAGCUCGUCCCCCCGCGUCACCCCCAACGCCUUGCAAGGAGUUCUCAGGCUGCCGAGUUGAGUCUGGUAAAAGAAAAGGGCUGUGCAGCGGAAAAGUUGAACUUCCAGGUCUCUGGUGAGUUCAUUCCUUGACAGGCUUACUAAUCGACUGUAUGAAACCCCCCAUUCCUCUCUGUGGUAGAUCACAAUCCAAGAUUGGGAAAGGAGAAUGUAGACCAGCAAAGUGCCAGUUUCAGGCCUCCCAGGCCGCCUUCUCCAGAGACAUUUGUUGAGUGCAUGCUUUGUGCAAUCUGUGCAGCAGGCACUAGGCCUAAUCCGAAGGGAGUUUCUGUUCAGAGUGGGGCUGUAAACAAGGAAAAAUGGAACUUCUGGGCCCCUGUUUGACUAAUUCCAGGAAGAUGUUUUAUGAAACGGCUGUUGUAUGCAGACUCCUGGCAACUCAAUCAUUAGUGAGAAAGUUGAAAUAGUAGAUAAAGAGGCUUAACUCAUGGGCUUUUAGUGAAUCAUUUACUUAGGGAGCAUUUAUAGCCACCAAUGAAAGCAGGGUCUAAAAAAAAGAAAGAGUCUGUACUGGGCUGUUGUACGAGAAUUCAUGGUCUAAUGGAAGAGUUAGUCUGGUAGAAGUGGAAUGUGCACAGAGACAGUUAAACUCCCAGGGCCUCAUUUCCCUAGGGAUCAUUAUUCAUUCACUAUCUACUGAGUGCCUACUGUGUGCUAGGCAUUGUUCUUGGCACUGGAAAUACCUCAGUGAUGAACAGACUAAAAUCCCUGCCUUCUGGGAGCUUAAUAUAAGAAACUUAUAUUUGCAGAGCUGUAAGCUAAACUCCACCUGCCCUCUGGCACUAACAGAUGAGGUGAAGAAGAGAUAAGGUAGAUAUUAGAUUAGCUGCUAGGCCUUGGAGUGGGGGCAGUUAUUUGGCUCUGAGCCCCUGCUAUGAGUUGAGCUCACACAAGUAGAAGGGAAGAUGGGACACAUAGAGGGAAGUUUGAAAGUUAAAAUUCUUGUCCCUGUUAAGUUGUUUUAUUUGUAACUGGAAUCCCUACAGUGAAUCAGACACUCAGAAGAAUUUCUCUCAAGCUCUCAGUCUGGGGGGUAGUGAAGAUGCCAUCCCAAGUUUAUGAUAUUUGCUGUGCUAAGGGUGGCAUAGAAUACUGUAGGAAUACUGCAGAGGAGAGUGUGGCCACCACCCUGAGGAUGCAGAGAUGUUGCCAGACAAGGCUCACAAAAGAGGUGCUGGGUAGGAGUUUGCCAGACCAAAAUAAAAGGAGAGAACUUUUUUGACAGAGGGAAUAGCAGCACUACAGACUUAGGAUCCAAAAACAACCUUUCUGAAGAACACUAAGUAAUAGUUAUAGCUAACCUUUAACAAGUACCAGGUACUGUGUAUCAAUACUACUUUUAGCCCCAUUUUACAGAUGAGAAAAUAGUCUUGGAGAGAGGAAGUGGUGGAACUCAGAUUUAAGAUGAGAGCAGUUCGGUUCCAGGGCCUAUGUAAUUAAACACUUUAGUGUGUGUGUGUGUGUGAGAGAGAGAGAGAGAGAGAGAGAGAAGAGAGGGAGAAGGAGGAAAGGUAUUACACAAAGAGGAAAUUGUACAACAAGCAAAGGCUAUUGUGUUCUCAGAAAGAGAUGACUGGCUGUCUGGGUGAAGAGGACAGUAUCAGAGGCCAGGCUGAGAAGUGCUAUCUCUCCUGCAGAUGCCUGGCUACCUUGGGGCAUGUGUAGGCUUCAGAAACACAGGAUCAUUGAAGACUGAGGCACGAACUUUGAAGUAAGACUUCUUGAUUGAUAGAAGCUGGCUGCCUUCCUUGCGAUGGCAGAGGUAGUGGCUGAGAUGGCUGAGAUGCCGACACAGAUGUCAUCAGGGGCAGUAGAAAUGUCAACACCCAUGUCAGGGGAAAUGACAGAGAUGUCAACAGAGGUGACUGAGAUGACACCAGGAGAGGCUCUUGCUUCAUCUCUAUUCUUCCAGCAUCACCAGUUCAUGUGCUCUGAGUGUGGCAGCCUCUACAACACACUGGAGGAAGUCCUCUCACACCAGGAGCAGCAUAUACUCACUGUCUCAGAGGAAGAGGCACUGACCACCCAGGAUGCUGGCCUGGCACAAGAGCUAAUGCCAGGCACUGAGGAGGGACCUUUCCAGUGUGGUGAAUGCAGCCAGAUCAUCCUCUCCCCUAGUGAGCUCUUGGUCCACCAGGGUGCCCAUCUCCGGGAGUCUGCAAGCCAGAUCCAGUAUCAGUGUGGGGAAUGCCAGGUGCUGUUCCCCUCCCCUGAGCUGUGGGUGGCUCAUCGCAAGGGCCAACACCUUUCUGCUGCAGCAGUUGAGCCACUAGUGCUACCUCCUUUGCCUCCCCCAACACCACCACCUCCACCCCCUCCACCACUUGAAGUCAAAAUGGAGCCCUAUGAGUGUCCUGAGUGUUCUGCCCUCUGUGCCACCCCUGAAGAGUUCUUGGAGCAUCAGGGCACCCAUUUUGACUCUCUAGAGAAAGAAGAGCGCAAUGGGCUGGAGGAGGAGGAAGAAGAUGAAGAUGAAGAAGAUGAUGAAGAGACAGAAGAUGAGGAGGAGGCAGUGGCAGAGAUUGGUGAUGAUACUUUGGGAGGUGACAAGUCCACAGCUGGCCAGGCCCAGGGCUGUGGAGAUUGUCCCCAGCACCAGACCUCAGCAGCAACACGCCGACGACACCGGCGGACAGCUUGUGGCCCAGCAUCAGCAACCCACCCCUUCCACUGCAGUCAGUGUCAGCGCAGCUUCAGCUCAGCCAACAGACUGCUGGCUCAUGGGCGGGCCCAUGUAGGUGGCACACACGAGUGUACAACUUGCUCUAAGGUCUUCAAGAAAGCAGCCUCGCUAGAGCAGCACCUUCGGCUGCACCGCGGGGAGGCCCGCUACCUCUGCGUAGACUGUGGCCGUGGCUUUGGCACAGAACUCACAUUGGUGGCCCACCGGCGGGCCCACACUGCCAACCCAUUGCAUCGCUGUCGCUGCGGCAAGACGUUCAGCAACAUGACUAAGUUCCUCUACCACAGGCGCACUCAUGCUGGCAAAAGUGGAGUGCCUCCCUUGGCAGGAACAGCUGCCCCAGCUCCAGCUGAGCCCAGCCCCCCACCUCUGCCCCCAGCCCCACCUGUCCAGCUGCCUUGCCCACAGUGCUCUAAGUCCUUUGCCUCAGCUUCCCGGCUCUCACGGCACCGGCGUGCAGUACAUGGGCCCCCUGAACGGCGACACCGCUGCGGAGUUUGUGGCAAGGGCUUUAAGAAACUGAUCCAUGUACGCAACCAUCUGAGGACACACACGGGGGAGAGACCCUUCCAGUGUCACUCAUGUGGCAAGACCUUUGCUUCUUUGGCCAACCUUAGCCGCCACCAGCUGACCCACACAGGUGUGCGUCCGUACCAGUGCCUGGACUGUGGCAAGCGCUUCACUCAGAGCUCCAACUUGCAGCAGCACCGGCGGCUGCACCUGCGGCCAGUCGCCUUUGCUCGUGCCCCCCGCCUCCCCAUCACUGGUCUCUACAACAAGAGCCCAUACUACUGUGGGACCUGUGGCCGCUGGUUCCGAGCCAUGGCAGGCCUGCGACUGCAUCAGCGGGUCCAUGCCCGAGCCCGGACUAUGACCCUGCAGCCUCCUAGGUCACCAUCUCCUGCCCCAGCCCCUGAGCCUCAGCAGACUAUCAUGUGCACAGAGCUGGGGGAGACCAUUGCCAUCAUUGAGACAUCCCAGCCACUGGCACUUGAAGACACGUUGCAGCUGUGUCAGGCUGCACUAGGGGCCAGUGAAGCAAGUGGGCUGUUGCAAUUGGAUACAGCCUUCGUGUGAUAGAGCUGAGGAGCAACAAACAAUAAAAGGGUUUAGUUGCAACAGCAAGUGUGGCUACCUCUUGAGAGAGAGGGGACCCCCACCUCUGGCAAGCUGAUCUGGCACCCACCAUGUGCCAGGAGCCACCCUGAUCUCUUACCCACUGACACUUCAGAAUAACCCUGCCAGGCUUCUCUUGUCAUCUUUCUCUGCCUGAGGGGAAACUGAAGCUCUGAGAUACGACAUGAUCUGUACCAGGUCACCCUGCCAUGUUGCAAAGCAGGGUUUGCCAAGGCUUUUUGCACUGCAUCACCCUGGUGCCCAGCAACAUCAGGUAACCUUUUCUGAGCACUGACCACAUGCCAGGUCUGUGCUGGGCACUCUCAUAUACCUCUUAAGAUCCUCUGUCUGUCCCCCCAGCCCUAGCUUUCCCUGGACUUUGGGUACCCAGGACUUGACUCUGCCUACUGGAGAAAGGCACUUGACUUCAUCUCAAUUUUGACAAUGUCAAAGGAAAUCUGUAGGUACUCAGGCAUUCAGCUCCAGACUGGGUGAUGCAAUGAGUCAGAGAUAGGCUCUGCCCUCAGGAGGCAUGCAUAGUCUGGUAGGAGGAGCACACACAAGUACAGAUGGCUUGUUCUCUGA